AUGGUCAUCGGAAAAACGCCCAUUGGCAUCACCGCAGCCCGGGGCUGCCCCAAGAACCUCUGGCCUCCUGCCCAUAAAACUUUAUUAAACUUUCAGAACUGCCAUAACCAAGUUAAAGAACACAGAACUCACAGGCGUUUGCACAAACACAUUCACAGACCCUCUCAGUUGGUAAAGCUUCCUUACAGGCGUGGGGCAGACGUGAGUAAGCUCCCGGCUAAGGCGGGGCGCACUGCAGAAGUGUCUAAUUGUCCAGAUUCUUGGGGAGCAGAGUCGAGGCGGGGCCGGCCACGCCCGGGUCGGAUUCUCCGGUUGCGCAACUGCCCGCUGCGUCCAGGCAAGCCCAAGAGGGAACCCUGUAACCUCCACCCCCAACCCUUACUGACCCGCCCGGAACUGAGCAGGCCCGGGGCAGGGGCGGGUCACCGGGGACCGUGGGGCGGAGGGUGUCCAGGUUCAGGCUUCAGCCCCGGACGGCUUCGGCGGGGGCAGCAGCCUGCAGCGGGCAGGAAGGGGAGGGCCCAGCGGGGCAGCGGGGCGAGGGCUCGGGCUGGGUCGGAAAAGCUGCCUCACGGCGCGCCCUCCCUCCCGCUCUCCCUCCCUCCCGGCUGUCCGCCCAGCCCCUCUUCCAGUCCCGCCAAGCCUUCCCCGAGGCUGCGCCUGCUGUGGCCUCGCCAUGUCCCAGAGCCACCCGAAGCCCGCCGCCUCCCCGCGGCCCCGGCGAGCAGCCGCUGCCCGCCGACCCGCGGAGCAUGUCAAUGAAAAAACGAGUGGAUCAGCAGCCAGACC